AUGAGUACCAAGAACACCACCUUAACAGCAUGCAGCGCGCCUGUUCGAAACCGCAGAAACCAAUUCGUUUCCUUGAAUGCUGUAAUGGGGAUCUUUUCAGGCCUCUUUGUGCUCCAACGAUUCCUAACGAAGCUCUUCAUUAAUCUCCCUCUUGGCCUCGAUGAUCUAUUUAUUGUCUUGGUUAUGUGUGCUGCUGUCCCGUCUAAUAUCAUCAACGCAUACGGUCUGGCCCCUAAUGGCAUAGGCCGCGAUAUCUGGACUAUAACACCCCAGCAAGUCACUAACUUUGGUCGCGCAUCUAUCAACAUUGCGCUUGACAUUUGGAUCUUGGCUAUUCCUCUUUCACAAUUGAAGAAGAUGAAUUUGGAUUCGAGGAAGAAAAUUGGCGUAGGUAUUAUGUUUAGCGUUGGCAUUAUCGUCACCAUAAUGAGCAUCCUUCGGCUUACCGCCACCAUCCGAGCGGGCACAGGGAUGGGCUCAAAUAACCCGACAUGGGAAUACCUUGCUGUUACCAAAUGGUCUACUAUCGAAUGCAGCGUCGGAAUUAUGUGCGCCUGCAUGCCCUCUCUCCGUAUGCUUCUCGUCCAAAUCUUCCCCAAGGUGUUUGGCACAUCUCGGCGCGGCUACCAAGCCUAUGAUAAGUAUGGCAGCAACAAGCCUACUAAUGGAGGUACGAAUGCAAGCCGAUCCCGUUUGCGAGCACAAUUUGGUACAACUUCUCAUGUCGACAAAACACCUCCAUCAAGUAUCGACCCUGUUGGUAUUACUUGCAACCGCACAUAUGAGGUGGAAUAUGGCCAAACGGAUGAGAUGCAUCUUGUGCCUAUGAGGGAUAUAGACAUGGGCUGGCAUAGUGAAAGGUCUCAAACGUCUCAGGCAUGA